AUGCGUAUUCACGGCCUGCUCUACUUGGUCUUCUUCGUUGUGAACGGCGUCCUGACUCAUGCUGCCGCCCUCGACUCGAGCGACGCCCAUCGUCCCGAAACGUCUGCGCCCACGGCGGGGGAAGUGUCGAAGACCGAUGAUGCAGCUGUCUACAAACGUGCGCUGAACGACCGGAGCAAGGAGGAGAGAGGCCCUGUGCUUGACAGCCUAUUUGGACCGCUGAAGAGAGGGUUCCAAAGGCUACUGGACAAAUUUCGCUCUCGUCGUCCUCACGAACAGCCUAUCAAGCCGAUCGAAGACCCCAUGAGUCCGCCUUACGUGUCGACUACAGGCCCGCCGUGGGACUCUGAGGUUAACGCGAUGCUGUCAUCGAAAAAAGUGGGCCCAAAAAAAGCGUUCGACAUGCUUAAGAAGGAAGAUGAUUUGGCAAUCAAGUGGUUGGGCUACGUGGUGCGUCAUGACCUCGACAGCACGAGGCGUUCUGAAGAAAAAAUUUCAAACGAGGAUGUGGUGUUACUUCUGUCAAAAUCUGGCGAAACCGAAGCGUCACUUGCAGGUGUCUUUGCCAAGCUGAUGGCUGCACCUUUUUACAAAUCCCGUAUUCAAGAGAUCCAGACACUUCGCUUCAAGUAUUUUCUUUCCAAGAAACCACCUAUGGUUCCAAGUGCAUUUGAGCGUCUCCUUCUUCCCGAUGGUGGUACAAUCGCCGGUUUACCGAUUGCUCAUCCUCUCUCCCGCGCCCACAAAGCCUUUUCCUUGGAAUAUGCUGAAAGUCAAGGCAGUCCUGCUUUUAUGAAGAAGUUAACUUCCCUCUAUUCCAUGGGCGACAGCGCUGGAGUGGCUAAAUAUUUGGCCGAGAUCGAGAACUUACCAACCAACCGGCUCCGUCGUGCUGAAUAA